AUGUCAGACAUUGAUGAAAUGGAGCUUGAUGAGGAGCAUGCCGCCACCAACGAUGUUGUCUUUUCGAGUGGACAGAAAGGGAAGAAACUUAGCAAGGCCAACCUGCCAGUAAGUGCUGGUGAUACACUUCCUUGGGUGGAAAAAUACAGACCAGACACUCUCAAUGAUGUCUCUGGACAUGAAGACAUUCUCACUACGAUUAAUAAGUUUGUCCAAACAAAUCGACUUCCCCACCUGCUUUUCUACGGACCACCUGGAACCGGCAAAACCUCUACUAUUCUUGCGCUGGCACGGCAUAUUUAUGGGGCUCAUAAUAUCCGCCAACAGGUUCUCGAGUUGAAUGCUUCGGAUGAUAGAGGCAUCGAGGUUGUCCGCGAACAGAUCAAAACAUUUGCAUCGACAAAACAGAUUUUCGGGGCUUCCACCAAGACAGAUGGUGAACUUGGAAGUUUCAAAUUGAUCAUCUUAGAUGAAGCCGAUGCGAUGACUAGCACUGCACAGAAUGCGUUGAGGAGAAUUAUGGAAAAGUACACUGCAAAUACCCGAUUCUGCAUAAUUGCAAACUAUACACACAAGCUGAACGCCGCGCUCCUGUCUCGCUGCACUCGUUUUCGAUUCUCUCCUCUUCCGAUCGAUGCUCUUCGCAGAAGGGUCGACCACGUCAUCGACGCAGAAAAAGUGAAAAUCACACCUUCUGCCGUAGAUGCUCUUCUUCAACUCUCUCGCGGAGAUAUGAGACGCUCGUUGAAUGUUUUGCAGGCGUGUCAUGCUUCAUCUACCCCAUUAGAUGACAAAGGCCGCCCAGACCCUACUGCAGAGCGGGAAGAUAUCACCGAAACCCAUAUCUACGACUGUAUAGCUGCACCACACCCUGAAGACGUACAAAUCAUCCUCAAGACUCUGCUAAGCAGCGAUAUCACAACUAGCCUGAGAACCAUUAUCGAUAUCAAGACCAAAAAAGGUUUGGCAUUAGCCGACUUACUAUCUAGUUUGUCGGAUGAGUUGGAAAGACUGGAGGUCCCAAAACAAACGAGGAUUCUCUGGAUGGAGGGUUUGGCUGAGGUUGAAUGGAGAGUUGGAAGUGGUGGGAGCGAAGGGAUACAGACCGGUGCAUUGGCUGGGGCAGUUAGAAAAGGGGUAGCAGUCAUGAAAAACGGCAAAUGAUUGAUGCAAUUGAUAAAUAAAUUUACGGGCGUUGGGGCUGGCUCUAUUUUUUCUUUGGCUGGAUUGCAGAUGCACUUUGAUUCCGUUACUUGCUAGAUGGUAUAGACCUUUAAGGCGCAACCGCCCUGUAAUACUUAUCAACCUUCGCAGCAGGUUAGCAUCAAUAUACU